AGAGCACGUGUCACUUUAAGCGUCGCACGGGCGUCGGUAGAGGUGAAAGCGGCCCGCCGUGCGUGACUUUGGGCUCCGCUCUUCGGGUCGUCCACUGCUCUCUUACCCCGCCGUCGACCUUUGAAAGCCCCGGGGCGGGAGUAGGCAGCUCCGGCCUCCGCGGCGGCAAUUGGCUGCGCUCGUCACCGCUUCCGAUUGCGCAUUGUGACCCAAACACAGCAGACAGUGCACGCGCGCGCACACACACACACCUCGUGUUUCUACAUGCCUACACGCACGUCAUGUGGCGUGAGUGCGCGCGACGCUGCGGGAGCCCAAAGUCCUCCCAGGUCGCUCCGAUAGGAACGCGUGAGCAGUGACCGGGUUAGAUCCCAGGAGACCACGCGCUGCACGCAGCUCGCGCCCCGCGGCCACAGGAAGCGGGAGGACGGCGUGAGGAAGGCGGACAGCGGAGGAAGGACGGAAGGAAGGGAGGAAGUAUAGCAGCAUCGGGAGACGAACCAUGACGGAGAAGCGGAUGUCGCGGUGGUAUUUCGGGGGGCUCGCGUCGUGCGGAGCCGCGUGCUGCACGCAUCCUCUGGACCUGAUCAAGGUACACCUGCAGACUCAGCAGAAAGUGGAGAAGCGGAUGGUGGGGAUGGCCAUUCAUGUGGUUAAGAGCGACGGCGUGCUGGCUCUGUACAGUGGCCUCUCUGCCUCCCUUUGCAGACAGAUGUCCUAUUCACUCACCAGAUUUGCAAUCUAUGAGACGGUCCGGGACAUGUUGGGCAGCACAGGCCAGGGCCCGAUGCCCUUUUACCAGAAGGUGCUGCUGGGAGCCUUCGGAGGGUUCACUGGUGGCUUUGUGGGCUCGCCAGCAGACAUGGUGAAUGUCCGGAUGCAGAAUGACAUGAAACUACCACCAGAACUGAGGAGAAACUACAAACACGCUAUCGAUGGAUUCUACAGGGUCGUCAGAGAAGAGGGCGUGAGGAGACUCUUUUCAGGAGCCACCAUGGCGUCCAGCAGAGGAGCGAUGGUCACUGUGGGACAGUUGGCGUGUUACGACCAGGCCAAGCAGCUGGUGCUGGGAACAGGCCUGAUGGGAGAUAACAUACUCACGCACUUUGUUUCCAGCUCCAUCGCUGGCGGCUGUGCUACGUUCCUGUGUCAACCGCUGGAUGUCCUAAAAACACGGCUGAUGAGCUCAAAGGGAGAGUACACGGGGGUGGGCCAUUGCUUAAGAGAAACUGCCAAGCUUGGUCCGCUGGCAUUUUAUAAGGGUCUCGUCCCCGCUGGAAUCCGCUUGAUUCCUCACACGGUGCUCACCUUCAUCUUCCUCGAGCAGCUCAAGAAAUACUUUGGCAUUCGCAUCGUCUCCUGAUCUCGCUCUCACGAGCUGCUCUUCAACCCUCCACCCUGCACCCGCACAGCACCCCGUCAGCGCUCUACUCCGGGCAUCACCCAGGAAAGAAAGGCAGUCUUGUACAGCUCUUUUUGGACUUGUGCAUGUUUUUCUUCUCCUUUUUUUGCUCACAGAGAGCAAUGGCUUUGAUCAUUGUGAGCAGCAGCUUCUACAAGGAACAAACACUAGAACGGAUGUUUUCCUUUAUCGGCCUAGAUUGUCAAAAUGAUGCUGUGAAAGAAGAUGCUAAAUUUAAAAGAGGUGUCUUAGUGUGACCUAAAGGGCUUGGAGAGAAGAUUGAAAUGAGAUCUUGCAGAUGUUCAAUAUCCAGUGUGAUUUCAGUGGGGUUAGUUAGAUGAGAACGUAUUAAUUUGAACUAAUUACAAAUCCGAUUUGACUAUUUACGUAUUAUUUCUCUGUACUAGCUCAGUUCACCGUUGGUACAAAGUGUUUUCUGGGCUUGAAAAGUUUGGGUCACGAUUGUGUUUCCAAACAGUCCUCAACGGUGGAAGUACAAAAUGCAAACCAAACCAUUGUAGCCUUUUUCGUCUGUGCCUAUACAAACUAUUUCCCCAAAAGCCAUUACUAAAACACGUCAUAACAAACUUAUGUAGUUACGUAGUAGUCAUUCGACAGUGAUGAAGUGAUGCGUCCAGAACUGACUGUUAAUUUGUUCGAUUUUUCUUCAUUCAAUUAAUGUUUUAUAACUUUUAAUCAACUAGCAGGUUAAAAUGUUAUGAAUUUUGAUAUUCCCAUACCUCAUUCCGAUUACUCUUUAAGCGCCUCACGCUUAAAUCUUUUGGAGAAGAGGACCAUGUUUGUUUUGUCUUGUUUUCAAUAAGGAGGGAGUUGGUGGGAAACUGUGAAGCAGACUGCUGGAGCUUAGACUUUGUUUUCCAGUCCCAAUUUCACUAUAUGACCACUUAAACUCCUUUUCAAGUUCUGACUGUAUGAAUAUAGAUGCCUGUAGAGGGCUGUAUAAGUGUAAAAGUAGCAUUUCCAUCCGCGAUGUUACUGUUUCGUUCGGCUGAGUGCAGACUUUGACUCGGGAUGCUACUCUGUUUUGUACGGCACUUUAUUAGAAUCCCUCGACUAACACUGGCCAGCCAGACGUGAAACAAGCUCUGAAAUCAAAAUAAUGUUUUGACUUUGCAAUGUCAAUGUUACCAAUAGAGGCCAAGGUGUAAUUUUUUUUUUUUUUUUAAUUUGCGUGCCAGUAAUCGUUUGGCCCCUGUUCAGUGAUCUAAUGCAUUCUCUGUACUGUGACAGACGGGAGACUGCGUUGUGAUGCGAGUCCUCCAGGGGGCAGAACACGCCAACUACCUGAACAUGAACCUGCACGUUGUAAUGCUGACGCAUCCCUCGACACCACCAGGUGCUGUAGAUCAGCCGCAGUGACUACUGUUGACCCCAGCGUUACGCAGUCGUGCAACUGGAAUUACGCACCAUUCUGGGUGUUUUGAAUUUAUAUUUUGCAAAUACUAACUGUUGAUUUUUGGAAUUAAAAUACUAAUUAAAAA